AUGGCGAACCCGCAAGACCACGUCGGCAUCGUUAUCGACGACGACGAUGAUCCCAUCCCUCAUCCACGAGCUCCGAUCCCUCAAGCUCCACCUCUCCAACACCCCCCCAAGCUCCUCCCAUCCAAGACACUUCUGGGAACAAAUGCAUUCAAGAACUGGGAUACCACGUCGGAGAAUACUGAUGACCUGCCGCUUCGGCCCGCCACUCUACAAGAGAAUCGAGUCAGGGUUGGCAAGCUCAAAGGCAACCACCCACCCAGUGCCGAAUUUCCUAAUCCACCUGGCCCGGCGCGACUUGCUGGCUGCCCGAUCUAUAUGAGCGUAUCUCCUGCUACCCAAGACCAGCUCAUCCUCCCCAAAAACCCCCGCAAGCUCCUCCCGGAGGAGGCAUCUCGCAUACGGAUGCUGUCAACCAGACUGCACAUGUCGCUGAUCGCCACCCAAGGUCUAUCUUAUAUGAAAAAGAGGAUCUUUCACGCAAUGAACUUAGCCGUCUCCUCGGGCUUUCUCGAGCAUUGGAAAGGAUUCUGGGACACGGUAUUUGAAGACUGGGACACUACAGUGGGAAAUGCUGAUGAUAAGCCCUUGAAGCCAGUCACUCUGAUCGACAAUAGAAUCAGAGUUGGCACACUGCGUAUAGACCACCCCCCAAGCGCUGAGUAUCCUGGGCCACCCGGUGCUCACCGACUUCGAGACUGCCCUGUUUAUAUGAGCGUAUCUCCUGCUGCUGGUCUCAACCAGCUCCUCGUACCCCUGUGGAAAGACGAGAGGGGAAGGUUCGUCAAUCCUCGUUAUGUCGAAAUGGAACUGCCACUAGGAGAUGCCCUUGAUCAGGCUAUCCUCAGGUUCGACCGACAUGCGGAAUCUCGGAUCAAAGAAUACAACAUCGCCUGCAUCACCAAUGUUGCUCGCCGCCGACUAAUGCAUUUCGCUGCAGUCGGUACGAGGGUCGCACCUCAUGUCCCAGAAAAUUGUCGAGAACCAACCCUUCUGGUCCCUGAGCCCAUCGGAGACCGUGCGGAAGAGACAGCCGAUGCCUAG